UGUGAUGAAGCCUGGAAGAACACAAACACCGCGGAGAGGUUCACAGGGGCAAGAGAAACGCGGGGAAAGUGACAUUUUAAUCUUUUCGUGCGAUGAAUAUGCAUUUUACUUGAUGAAUUUGAUCCUACACGAGCAACCGAACUAGAUGAAGUGCAAUUAUGAGCGUGCACUCAGUAAAAAAAUAUUAUAAGGUUUACUUUACGCAUGCUUUAUGAAACAACAGCGUUGAAUUAUUUGAUACUUAGACAGAAAUUGGAAAGUUGAAACAUGGGAUCCAAGUUGACCAGGCAAAGUAGUUUAGACAGCCAGGCGACGGUCGUUCGUGGGGAUCGACAGCAUCAUGAACGGGAUGUGGAGAAGAGAAGUGGAGGAAGAGGAGAGUUUUUGUUCAGUUCUCUGAUGCUUAAGUCCGACAAGCUCCCCGGAAUGCUGCGCAAAUCCAGUCCCAGCCCUUACGUCCGGAGAGUGGCUUGGGUUCGGGAGAUCCACACCCUGCUGAAGGAGCAGAAGGGGGAACAAGCCAUCGAUGUGUUGAAACUGCUUAGAAAGGACCUGGGUCUUGAGGGAACAUCUCUCAACGACAUCCUCUACAAGAACGCUGCCUUCCUCAACCUAGUGGAUCCAAUUUCCCAUGAGCUUUUGCUCAGUUUGGCCCGAGACAUGCAGUGUCCAAAGAGGGAGUCUGAUGCUCUCAAGUCCACUGAGAAGAUCUGCAGGCAGCUGAUCUAUCACCUGACCCCUCACUCCAAGUGGAGCCGACAGAACGUGCCCAGGAGGAAGUCUCAAGCCUGUCUUAAAACUACACUGAAAAAGAAAUUAGCAAAUGAUACCGUGGAUCUGUCUGGUAUCCCGCUUUCUGGGCGUGAUUUGCAUCGUGUGGCAUACUACCUUCAGAACAAUGGUUCAUCUGUGACAGCAGUGGACAUCAGCUUCACGGAGCUCCAGGAUGAGAGUUUGCGACUUCUAUUACCAUUCUUAGGAGUGUUACCCAAACUCACCACACUUGCCAUCAACGGUAACCGACUGACUGUAGCUAUCCUUAAAGACCUGAUAGAGGUGGUUAAGGACCCCAAAAAGUUCCCCAAUUUGGCCUGGGUGGAUCUGGGCAACAAUGUGGACAUCUUUACUGUGCCUCAGCCAUUGCUGGUCGCACUACGCAGGCGCUUUGGAAUGAGAAGCAGCCUACCUACCAUCUACGAAUACAGCGAGGGCCAUGGCAGCAGCAACUGCCUAGAGACUUCUACUGAGGAAAUCAGUGUGUUUGAGGAAGAGGAGGAUGAAGUGGAAGACCAUCUGAUGCUGGAGCCCUGGAGUGUAGAAGAGAAAAAUACACUGCAUUUCUGUGAGAGGUGAUGGACCCUGGUUCCUUGUGGCUUGUCGUAUUGUUCUUUUGUUAUUCUUAUACUCCAAAUCACAAUGUAUCAACAUUGUAAAAGCAUGAAGCGCCCCUUCACCACAAAACCAAACUUGACUGCCAUGAGACAAAAUGGUUAUGUAAAGUCGGUGCAUGGAGGUGGGAUUUUGAAAGAAUUGAAAGGGGAAGGAGUAUCAGGACAUGUUCCACACUCCCACCAUCUUUAUUCUUAGUCCAGUUGCUGCAGAAAGAACCAGCCAAUUGUUUGCCAUGUUAAACUUAAAUUUAGGGUCAAACACUGACUGACCACAUAUAACAAAUUUGUAACACGUAAACCCAUUACCACAAGCCAGUCUUUGCCACCCACAUCAGCAGCUGAUGUGAAUAUUUUAAGUUUUGCUUGUGACAGAUACAGUCAAAUGCUCCCCUCUGAGAAGGCUUUUGUCCAGGGUAUAUUCGCCUCAAUUAGAAGAGAGCGAGGAGAGGUGAGAGAAGAGAAGA